AUGCCAGCAGCAGGUGGUGGAAUUGAUCGGAGUGCACUCCAGAAAGUCCCCAAGGCUGCCUGUGGGCCAUACAUAUGGCUGGCAGCCAUCUGGGCGUCUUACUGUGGUGGUCUUCAUGGCUUCAACACCGCUAACAUCUCCGGCGCCAUGGGUCUGGAUCCGUUUGUUCGUGACUUUGGCUGGACCAACCUCUCUGAGGAAAAAGUAUCAGACAACUCUGGCUGGGCAGUCUCGUCCAUGCUGCUUGGCCAAACUGCCGGUGUCAUCUUGUCAGGUCCUCUUGGAGAACGCCGAGGCCGCAAGCCAGUUAUCCUCGCCAGUGCCAUCUUUUACACUAUUGGAGCCAUCCUGAUGUGCGCCAACGUCGGUUCCUUUGCCGAGUUGCUCGUCGGCCGCGUGCUCUCAGGGCUGGGAUCUGGAUUCGGUAUGACUGCCGGCCCAGUUUACAUCUCCGAGGUGGCGCCACGAGAGCUGCGAGGAAUGAUGACCACUUUCUACAAUAUCAAUAUUAUGGGUGGCGUAGCUGGCAGUUAUUGGAUCAACUACGCCUCGCUUCAAGUGAUCCCCUCUAGCUCCAGCUGGCAGUGGCGGACCACCUUGGUGCUUCAGCUGAUUCCUUCGAUUGCGAUUUUCAUGGGGUUCAUGUUCUUUCCAGAGAGUCCUCGUUAUCUACUGAUGCGUGGUCGAGUCGAUGACGCUCGUGAUAGUCUGUGCAAGCUCCGCGGUGGCUUGGAUGAAAGUGAUCCAUACGUGGCCAAAGAAUACACAGAGCUACAGAGCAUGGCAGAGGCUGGCUCUGAGAGCAAGCGUGGCUUGGAUGCGCUCAAGUCCCUUGUCAAACAAUGUGUGCAAGACUCCGCAACACGCCAUCUCCUCUUCUUCGUGGUGCUUAUCCAGACGUUCUUUAUCAUGUCCGGUGGUAACUCGAUUACCUACUACGCACCGACCAUUCUCUCGUCCAUGGGACUUGAUUCAAAUCAAGUCCUCCUAUUCACGGCUGUUUAUGGCUUGAUCAAGGUCGUCUCUGUGAUUCUUUAUGCAUUCUUCCUCACCGAUCGAUACGGCCGACGGCCGCUCCUUCUGAUAGGGUCAAGUGUCAACGUUGCGUGCCUGAUAUAUCUUGCAGCCUUUCUCGGCGUUGCGAACAUCUCCGACACAGGCUCGCCUUCGCCAGCAGCCUGGGUCGCGAUCGUAGCAAUCUGCCUUUUCGCCAUAGGUUACGGCUUUGGGUGGGCACCUGUAUUUUCCCUGACAGCAUCGGAAAUAUGCCCGACGCACUUGCGUGGCCCAAUAGUCUCUAUUGCCUUCACAUAUCAAAAUUUGUUGAACUUUGGAAUCUCGCGCGGAUUCCCGAACAUGACCCAAGAUAUGCAUGCAUGGGGCCCCUUUGCUCUGUUUGCGGCGUUCACAGGAUGUGCAACUGUUUGGGUAUAUUUUGCCUUCCCUGAAUGCAAGGGCAGGAGCAUGGAGAGCGUCAGUGCGAUUUUCUCGCUGCCAUGGUAUCGCACAGGGUUCUGCAAAGUGUCACCACCGGGGACAUCAGGGGAAGACCGCGACCUGGAGAAGGACGGAAUCAGCAGUAUGCAUCAGGAGAACACCAAGAGCACUUAG